AUGGUACAGCCGCCUAGGAAAACGCGUCAAGUGCUGUCGCUGGUGCAGCGGCUGGUGGCAGAGCUGCUGCAUCGUACGCCGCCGCCGCCGCCGCCGGUCGGGGUAGUGGUGGUAGUGGUGGUAGUGGUGGUAGUGGUGUGCCCCCGGGCCCGAGGGCGGCGCCAUCGCCCGGUUACAGUCGUCACAGUCGCCACGGACGCCUUUCGGUCGCCGCCUUCAAGAACGCCUACUGGUUUCAGCACUGGCCCCGCCGGGGGCUCCGUGGCGGCGUAUGCAGCUUCCACGGGAGCGCCGUCACUGCGACUGUCGGAUAUUGGAGGGGAUGGGGGUCGCCGUAGACUGACGCAGCGGGCGGUGGUGGCGGGGGACGGCGGCGGUGACGCCGCCGCUGUCGUCGCUGGCGGCGCGGCCGUACACACCGGGCCCCCCCGCUCUUGGAGCAUGGCGACAAGCGCUCCCCGCACAGGCCGACUUCCCGCUAGAACAGUGCUCGUCCAUACGAUCUUGUGCGGCGUUGAAGGGGGCGACGGCGGCGCCGGCGGCGCUGGCGGGGCUUCCAGGAAGCGGUCAGUGGCGGCGCUGUUGUCUGUUCGUACCUGCGACCGCAGCGCCCGCGAUACCGGUCACGGCGCAAGCGACGGCGUAUCGGCUCGAAGCAGCGACAGAGGCGGUGGCGGCGGCGGUCGCCGCUCUGGAGUAUCUUCCGGCGGCUCCGGUGGUCGCUCCCCGGGAUUGAACCUGCGGCGGAGGCGGAGGCGGCGGCUGCGCUCGACGCCACCGCCGCAGCUGCCGAUAAGCCAGCUCCCAGCUCGUUCGGCUCCAGUCCUGCCAUUGCCGCCUAAGCUGCCAACCGUCUACAACGCCAGCGGGGCGGCGAAGGAGCCCUUGGCGCCGUCUGGUAUCACACUGGCGGAUCUCACGGCGCCGCUCGGGAUCGAUCUGGGAACCUUGGGUGCUAUUCCCAUCCCGAUGCUGCCGAUGCCGCCGGGCGGUGGGGAGGUGCCAGGCAGCGGGAAGCCAGCACCAAAUCAGAAGGGCGGUGGCGGCGGCGGUGGCGGCGGCGGGACUGCGUUGAUUGUUUCCGGGCCGUCGGGUGCGCUUCCGCUGCCCAUGCCGAUCCAGACGCCGUCCAGUAAAGUGCCUACAAGGACGGCGGCCGGUGGCGGCGGCGGCGCCGGGUCGCCGUCGACCGUGAAUGUGGCGGUUUCGGCGCCGAAUCUCAAGUUGGACAUCAUCAUUCCGACAGAGCUCGGCGGCGGCGGCGGCAGCAGCAGUGGCGGCGGCGGCGGCGGCGGCGGUCGCAGUAGCGCUGGCCGGCCUGGCAAGCAACCUAGCAAGAAGCCCAUCACUGCCUCCCCCGCCGCUGGCUCCGGCUCCGGAACCGCCGCAAAGCCGGAGGCCUCCCCUGAGGAUCUCAAGCUCGCGGACCUGCUGGGCCCUACUGCCGGUAUGGGCUAA